AUUAUGCCAACCUCACCUUUAUCCCAUUCAUUACCUCCAGACCAACCUCAUUCCAAUAAUUCCCCUCUUACAGCCCCAACCUACCCAACAUCCAAUAAUUCCCCGCCAGUAAACAACAACACCCAACCUACCCCACAUCCGAUGACUACCCGUAGCAAGGCUGGCAUAUUCCGCCCCAAGUCAGUAUUUAAUCUCAACUCUCACCAUAACACCUCCCUCAUAUCCUCACCCCUUCCCAAAUCACACAUUGACGCCCUUCGUGAUCCCAACUGGAAAUCAGCUAUGAUUUCUGAAUUUACGGCUCUUAUUAACAAUAAGACGUGGGAGUUGGUUCCCCGUCCUCCCAAUGCUAAUGUUAUUCGGUGCAUGUGGUUAUUUAAGCAUAAGUACAGGUCCGACGGGAGUCUUGAGCGACACAAGGCACGCUUGGUAGUCAACGGCAGAUCACAACGUCCAGGUAUUGAUUGUGAUGACACCUUCAGCCCUGUUGUCAAACCGGCCACCAUCCGUACGGUUCUCAGCAUUGCUCUCUCCCAUAAUUGGCCACUUCAUCAACUAGACGUUAACAAUGCUUUCCUUCAUGGCUUUCUUGAUGAGACCGUGUACAUGCAUCAACCGCCGGGAUUUAAGGACUCUUCACGACCUUCACAUGUGUGCCUUCUGAAAAAAUCUUUGUACGGUUUAAAACAAGCCCCACGGGCUUGGUAUCACCGUUUUGCCUCUCAUGCUGCCAAACUGGGUUUUCACCAUAGCAAAGUUGAUCACUCACUCUUUAUCUACCAUAACAAUGGAGAUACUGCCUACCUUUUGCUAUACGUCGACGAUAUUGUUCUCACGGCAUCAACUCCAACACUUCUUCGUAACCUUAUUUCUCAAUUGGGGGCUGAAUUUUCCCUUAAAGAUUUGGGUCCACUAAGCUUCUUUCUUGGUAUUGCAGUCACUCGCCAAUCUGGACGGCUUGUUUUAUCCCAACAAAAAUACGCCUCAAAAAUUCUUCACCGAGCAGGUAUGGCAUCCUGUAACUCCACAAGCACCCCGGUGGACACUAGGGCCAAACUCAGUGCUGAUGACGGCCCACCAGUACCGGACCCCACUCUCUACCGUAGUUUAGCCGGAGCACUUCAAUACCUCACAUUUACUCGUCCGGAUAUUUCUUAUGCCGUCCAACAAGUCUGUCUACACAUGCAUGACCCCCGGACCUCUCACUUUGAUGCACUAAAACGUAUUCUUCGAUACGUUAAAGGCACCAUGUCUUAUAAUCUUCACCUCCGUCCUACUGCCACGACCAGCUUAGUUGCCUACAGUGACGCCGACUGGGGUGGGUGUCCUGACACCCGCCGGUCCACAUCUGGAUAUUGUGUAUUUAUGGGUGAUAACCUCAUCUCAUGGUCUUCCAAGAGACAAACUACUAUUUCCCGCUCCAGCGCCGAGGCCGAAUAUCGUGGAGUGGCCAACGUUGUGGCCGAGCUGUGUUGGCUCCGUAAUCUUUUAACUGAGCUUCGUCAUCCGAUCUCCAAAGCUUCCCUAGUUUAUUGUGACAACGUAAGUGCCAUAUACAUGUCACAAAAUCCGGUCCAACAUCAACGCACCAAGCAUAUUGAAAUGGAUAUACAUUUUGUUCGUGAACGGGUGGCUCUGGGACAUGUUCGCAUCCUUCACGUUCCCUCCCGCUUUCAAUAUGCCGACGUAUUCACCAAGGGCCUUCCACGUAUUCUAUUUGAAGAAUUUCGGUCCAAUUUGAACGUUCAUUCAACCCACGAUCAAACUGCCGGGGAGUGUUAGACAUAAUAAAUUGAUGACAUGUCACAUACAUGCACAUGCAUGUACCAUGCGUACGAACCAAAUAGAUCUCCACCAAAGUCUCACAUUAUAAUUCAUUUACGUAGCUUGUUAUUAUCCUUAUUGUACUACAUCACUAUCCAAUAGUUUAGUUGUAUUAUAUCACUAUUAUUACGUAGCUCCAUUUAAUGUAUAACCGAUCCAUAGCUAUCGGAUAUCAAGUGUACAUAAGCUAUAUAUAUUCAAUGAAUACAACACACAACCUUAC